AUGGGCUCCAUCCUCAUCCACCCCCUGCUCCUGUCCUUCUCCAACGCCGAGGUGGAGGACCAGUACGUGCGCUUCCGCACCCUGCGCACUCUCACCCCGGUGGACGUCUACUUCCUGUGCCUCAACUUCGUGCUUCACGCCGCCUUCGUGGCCCUGGAGCUGCUGCGGACGGACCGCAGGGACGGCACGUCCUGCCUGGUGGCCGUGGUGCUCGGCCUGGCGGUGGUGCUCCUGCAGGGGGGGUUGAUGCUCUACCUCGGGGAGGUCGGGUGGAUGAAGCUCAGGACUUCGUCGAUAAUCCUGUUCCGGUCGCUGCGGACGAUCGUGUCGGUGUACGGCGUGCCGCGGCGCGUGCGGGAGGCGCCCUCCGUGGGCGCCACAUCCCUGUUCAAGAACCUGUUCUUCGGGUCGGGCACGCUCAUCGUGGCCUGGAACGCCUGCGGCAUGCCGCUCCUGUUCAAGCACCACCUGGUGGUGCAGAGCACGGGCGUGGCGCUGAUGGUGUUCCUGGCGGGCCGGCGCUUCUGCGCCAACACGCUGGAGAACCCGGGCGUGCGGGAGCUCUUCGACUACCUGUGGAAGACGCUCGACGACCUCAUGGUGCUGGUGGCCGGCGCACCGAUCACCUCAGACGCGGAGCUGCUAUUGACGUCCAGGCGAGCGGCAUGCUUCCAGGUUGUGGUGCUGGUGCACAUGUGCCUGGGCUUCCUGGUGCCCACGCUGGUGCUGUGGCAGCUGGAGCUGCAGUCACGCCGGAGCUUCGCGGCGUCGAUGACCGCCAACCCGAUGUGGGGCCACGUGCGGUUCGACGACUCAGGGGUGCCGGACCUGGGCCGGACCAUCGUCGUGUGCCUGCUGGGGUUGGCGGGCAUCUGGACGAUGGUGACCGACCUAGUGUUCAACAUACCGGGACAGGUCUCCAGGCGCGUGGAAUUGUGA